ACUUUUGCUGUCAUUGUACAGUGUUAUAUAUUGUUGCUCAAAUGUAUUAUUAUUUUCUGUCUAGCUAUAAUUUUGCUCAAAUAUUCUUCUACUUAACUCUCACUACGUAGUUGUCAGGUGCCAUGAGUGACAUUGUGUUACAUGUGUGACAUAGGGCAGGUUGUUCGGUGCAUUUGACAAAAAAACAUUGAAACUAUCCGACACCGCCAUGUAGCGCCACAGACUGCGUUGUAACUUUCAUUGUUACAGUUGAUUUAAAUUAUUGAUUGGAAAUAUUAUUUACUUGUUUACAUAUUAUUCAUUUGAUGUAUUGAUACAUGGACAAGGACAGUAAGAUAGAUGUGUAUGUAAUGAUUAAACUAUAACUACAUAAUGCAUUGCAAGAAGAGAAACAAAAUGGCUUCAAGAAGAAGGUAGAGAAUAACACGCUGAUGUAUUCAAGUUAUAGUUCCCCGUUAAUUAAUUGCCUGGACUGUAAAUGCAACAUUGUUCACGAAAGUCCCUUACAUCUUAUAUAUGGCGUUGGAGUUGUUAUUUGAGAAGCUACGUGUAGUUAUAUCAGACUGUCCUGGAGCUCACUGAUGCCCUGAUCCAGGUCUGAGAGGAGAUCCCCCAAGACACCAUCCGCAGUCUAAUCAGGAGCAUGCCCAGAUGUUGUUGGUAGUGCAUACAGGCACGUGGGGGCCAUACACACUACUGAGUCACAUUAUGAGUUGCCGUGAUGAAAUUCACACAAGUUGGAACAGCCUGGGAUUUCACAUGUUUACUUUCAUUUUCGGUAUGAGUUUAAAUCCAGCCCUCUAUCGGUUGGUGAUUAUGGUUUCCGUUGACCGCAUUGUUAAGUCAUUUUGUUCUCAACAAAUUACACAAUGUACGGUAAAGAUUUUGAUCUUUAAUAUAUUUUGCUCCCGAUGUGUGAUUUGUGUGUCCCCUUUAUUUGUUGUACUAUAAAUAGGGUUAUUUGCAGAUUAUUACAUGAUGUUUUUAUUUAUAUUUUAUGCAGCAUCCCAACUUUUUGGGAGGCUUAGUCGUCUUACUUUCAUUGAAAUCUGGAGGUAAAGCUACAUUUCUUAACUACCCUCAGCUACAUACUUUGGUCUUUAGUACAGCCCUGGUCUUACGUCACAAGAUUUUUAUUCUGCCUAUGAUUUUUUCUUUCAAUAAUAUGAACCAUUUGUGGAAGCCCUUCACAUUAUAGCUGCCAUCACACCCAUUAAAGCUCUGCCUCUGAGAAUGGUUUUAUCUUCAAAUUUGAGUAGCUUGACAGGUGUUGAGCUACAAUGGAUUGUACAGGAAUGGUGACAUUUUAUGUGCAUCGUUGGGGCAGAACCCUGGAUGCAGAAGUGGAUUUGGCCAGGCGUCUUGUCAUUAAAGGAGGCUGUAUUCAGGUGAACACAGUAGAGGAAUGUGAUUACGUCUUGGCUGUCUGCCCCAUCGUCUCACGUGCUGAGACUGAUAUUGAAGAAGCACUGAGGAAAAUACCAGGUGAUAAACAUGUCAUUCUGGUAGUGCUGCAUCACACAUACAAUAAAGAAGAGAUGGUCCCCGACAGUGGAAGAAUUGUGACCAGGAGUAAUGUAAUACUCACAGUGGACUGUCUGUUCCAUGAGAGCCAGAGAGGAUUACUGGACUGUCAUCGCAACGAUGCAGCAAUCAAAGAUAUUUGGAGAACUAUAUGUUUUCAGGCGCCGUCUCAUUUGAACUUCUGCAGCAACAAUCAUCGUUACUGGAUAUUUGGAAUUAUUUUGUUAUUUUAUGAAACGUCCUCCGUUCUCCUUGGGCAUGUGUACUGCCUCAUCUCUGCAACAUUACCGAAGCCUCCUUCUGUGUGCACAAAACACAUCAGAGACAUAUAAAG